GGACCGAUCCCUCUCUGUCAGUUUCAAGUUGCGCCUUCUCCUCUGCUGUGUUGCUCCUUCUUGCUCUGGCCUCAACCAGCACUUCAAUAAUACACCUCUACUGUGGGUUUUACUGUGGAUUUACACACGGACAUGGAUUCAUUCGCGACAUAUACGAGUGGACUAUAAACACACAGGAUUUCAGAGACAGAAUGAGGAUACCUGAGGCUGGGAGCUAGAGCCCUUCACCAGAGCGAACUUGUUCCAGGGCUGGGGCUGGACCCAGAGACCCCUGCCUGGGGGGGUGAAGGGCCCUCACAGCCCUGCGUGAGUCUGGACUAUGGGGGAUGGAGGCGCCGGUGCAACUGGAGGAAAUACGGUGAACAAGUCCCAUGUCCUGUUCGACAACUUCGUCCAGGGGACCACGUUCAAGGGCACGCUCAAGGCCUUCCAGGAGCUGUGCGACCACCUGGAAUACAAGCCCGGCGAGUACAGGGUGUUCUAUCACAAGCUGAAGUCCAAACUCAACUACUGGAAGGCCAAGGCGCUCUGGGCAAAGUUAGACAAGCGGGCCUGUCACAAGGAGUACAAGAAGGGCCGUGCCUGUGCCAACUCAAAGUGUCUGAUCAUUGGUGCGGGACCAUGCGGCCUACGUACAGCGAUCGAGCUUGCUUUCCUGGGAGCCAAAGUGGUGCUGCUGGAGAAGAGAGAUGCCUUCUCCAGGAACAAUGUGCUGCACCUGUGGCCCUUCACCAUCGCGGACCUCAGGGGCCUUGGGGCCAAGAAGUUCUAUGGAAAGUUCUGUGCUGGUGCUAUCGAUCAUAUCAGUAUUCGUCAGCUUCAGUUGAUUCUGCUCAAAGUGGCUCUCCUGCUGGGCAUUGAGAUCCAUGUCAACGCAGAGUUCAAGGGUCUUAUCGAGCCGCCAGGAGAUCAAGAGACUGAAAGGAUAGGCUGGAGGGCUGAGGUCCACCCCAGGACACACCCUGUCAACGAGCUGGAGUUUGAUGUCAUCAUUGGAGCAGAUGGAAGGAGAAACACUCUACCAGGGUUUCGGCGCAAGGAGUUCCGGGGCAAGCUCGCCAUCGCCAUUACCGCUAACUUCAUCAACAGGCACACAUCAGCGGAAGCAAAGGUUGAGGAGAUCAGUGGGGUGGCCUUCAUCUUCAACCAGAAGUUCUUUCAAGACCUCAGAGAAGCAACAGGUGUUGACCUGGAAAACAUUGUCUACUACAAGGAUGACACGCACUACUUUGUGAUGACUGCCAAAAAACAGAGCCUGCUGGAGAAAGGAGUCAUUCUGCAUGACUACGCAGACACAGAGUUGCUGCUGUCCAGGGGUAACGUGGACCAGGCCGCCCUGCAGUCUUACGCCUGCGAGGCUGCGGAUUUCUCCACCAACCAACAGCUGCCCACACUCGACUUCGCCAUCAACCACUACGGCCAGCCCGACGUAGCCAUGUUCGACUUCACCUGCAUGUACGCCUCGGAGAACGCCGCCAUGGUGCGCCAACGCAACGGCCACGAUCUGCUGGUGGCGCUCGUAGGCGACAGCCUGUUGGAGCCCUUCUGGCCCAUGGGCACUGGCAUCGCCCGAGGUUUCCUGGCAGCCAUGGACUCAGGCUGGAUGGUGAGGAGCUGGGCUCAGGGAAAAACCCCGCUAGAGGUUCUAGCUGAGAGGGAGAGUGUAUACCGCAUACUGCCCCAAACCACGCCAGAAAACGUCAGUAAGAACUUCAGUCAUUACAGCGUGGAUCCAACCACACGUUACCCCAACAUUAGCCUUAACUUCCUCAAGCCCAGCCAGCUGAGGCACCUCUACGACACAGGGGAGUCCAGGGAAAUGCGCAUCGAAAUUGAGAAUGUGAUCAACUCGUCGACACCCAAGUUGGCCAGGAAUGACAAUUACCUGCUUGACAAGCAGUUGCAAGAAUCCAUAGCUCGAUCCAGUAAGCUGCUGAACUGGUGCCAGAGACAAACGGAGGGAUACAGGAAUGUUAAAGUAACGGACCUUACGAUGUCUUGGAAGAGCGGUCUGGCCCUGUGCGCCCUCAUUGACCGAUACAGACCGGACCUCAUUGACUUUGAUUCCCUGGACGAGCGAGACCAGGAGAAGAACAACCAGUUGGGUUUCGACGUGGCGGAGCGGGAGUUUGGCAUCUCGCCCUGCAUGACUGGCAAGGAGAUGUCUUCUGUGGUGGAGCCAGACAAACUGUCCAUGGUCAUGUACCUCAGCCAGUUCUAUGAGAUGUUUAAGGACACAGUGCCACCCGGAGAUAACCACAACUUGAGUCCUGAGGAGAAAGCAGCACUGAUAUCCAGCACCAAAUCACCCAUCUCCUUCCUCAGCAAACUUGGUCAGAGCAUAGCAAUAUCCAGGAAACGAAAUCCGAAGGACAAAAAAGAGAAGGAUGUUGACGGUUUGGGGAAGAGAAGGAAAACCAGCCAGUCUGAAGAUGAGGAGGCAUCCAGGACCGGUCGUGACGACAGGCCGUCUGUCUCGGAGAGAAAAAUGGACUCCUGCACUACGGGGAACCACAACAAAGUCAAAGUCAUGGCCACCCAGCUGCUCGCCAAGUUUGAGGAGAACGCUCCACAGCCUACAGGACUCAAACGACAGGGGGACUCUCUGCCCAAUCUGGACCGCCUUUUGCCCCUUUCCCCGCCCCAAACCCCUGUGAAUGAGCCCGUGCGCCUGGCGCCUGUCCCGGCAUGGAGAAAGGCCAGAAGUGGUGCAGACCAACUGUCCAGCAGCUCGGGCUCUCGGAGCUGCCCAAAGAAAACCAUUCUGCUCCCUUCUUCCUCCUCCACUUCCUCGCUCUCUCUUCACUCAGAGAAUUUGCGUAAAACUCCGGAGGAAGAGGAGCUCGAGUACUACGAGAUGCCUCUGAAAUACGGGGUAGGGAAGCUGCCGGACCCAAGACCCAUUCACAUCCCUGGUAUACAGGAGAGGGCUGACCGCCUAAUCUCCAGGUUUAAGGGCAAACCUGACAGGCCGCCAAAGGUGAACACCAUGCAUGGACAUUUUUUUGAGAUUUCAGAUAUUGCGUCAUCACGUUUUAUUGGGUACAUUUCUCAGCCUGCGCUGUAUGUAAAGGACAUGCUAUUGGUGGUCGUAUUCACAAGUCUAAUGCCGUCUUUCAACCAUUCCUCUUCCCCUCCCCCCCUGGAGCCUAAGAAAAAGCCGUCCCGUUUCUUCUUAGAUCAGUGGCACUUGUCCCGGGACCUGACUGGUUCACCACUAUCCUCUCCUCACUCUUCCAGAAAGGAGCCAGAAAGGCCUCUGCACUCUGACGAUGAAAUGCCCUUAUAUGUGCUUAGUAUUCAGGAGAGGGCUGAGCAACUUGCCUCUCAGUUUGAGGGCAAGCCAGCCGGACCACAGACACCUAAGAAAAAGCCCUCACGUUUUUUUAUGGAACAAUGGCACCUGGCCCGAGCCCAGUCUCCCCCUGAUUCUCCCCCCUCCGCCUCUGACACCUUGAGACAGCGCUAUGUAAGGAUGUACACAGGUGGAGUUAGCUCAUUGGCUGAGCAGAUAGCCAAUCAGCUUCAGUCUCAGGAUGAUCCUAAACCUCAACCUGAGAAGAGGGAUUUGGGCUCUCUCAGAAAAGAGUUCCCCGUCAACAUCGGCGGCAGCGACGUGUGCUUCUUCUGCCGAAAGCGCGUGUACGUGAUGGAGAGGCUGAGUGCAGAGGGGAAGUUCUUCCACCGCAGCUGCUUCAAGUGUGAAUACUGUAACACCACGCUACGGCUGUCCUCCUACGCCUUCGAUGUGGAGGACGGGAAAUUCUACUGCAAGCCCCACUACUGUUAUCGUCUGUCUGGCUACGCUCAGAGAAAGAGACCUGCUCCCUCUCCGACUCCAAUCACUGCUAAGGAGAACCAGGCGCCCCAAACUCCCACGGCGACCGUGGAUGCCCCCGGAAGGGCGACGGCAGCGGCAGCCCCCUCGGCCGACCUCCAGCCCUCAGUACCGGAGGUCAACGGCCUGCAGGAGCCCAGCCUAGCAAAGCGUCUGCGGGGAACUCCCGAGCGCAUCGAGUUGGAGAACUACCGUCUGUCCCUGCAGAGGGAGGAGGAGCUGGAGGAGGUGCCUGAGGAGACGCUGGCAGAACACAACCUCAGCAGUGUGCUGGACAAGGCCACAGACGUUGACCUGGGCUCCAGUAGCUCCGAGUCCGACAUGGAGGAGGAGGAUGAGCAGGAGGAUCAGGACCAGGAGGAGGUGGAACAGCAGCUUCUCAGCCCCUCAGACCUUGGUGGUGUUCCCUGGAAGGAGGCGGUAGAGCUCCACGCCAAACUGAGGGGCGAUGAGGAGGACGAGGGCGAGGCCCUGCUGGCCGACGCAGUCAGCCGAGACGGGGAAGUAGAUGAAGACGACGAAGAGGACGAGGAGGAAUAUGAGGAGGAAGAUGACGAGGAGUCGAGCGAUGAGGGGGAUUACUGCCCCUGGGAUAGAGAGCUCCAGUCAGGCCUUUGGCUGGAGAAGCACCUCACAGAUGAAGAUGAUGUUGGUACAUUUAAAGCCAGGAACCUACUGAUCCAGCAAGUCCUGCAGCCUGUGGAUCCCCAGGCCAUCCCAGGUUUGGUGAGAACACACCUGGACUCUGAGGGAGACAAGGAGGGCCAGCCGGCCUCCCAACUCUCCCAACCCUCUGAGCUCACGCAGCCCUCCUCCACAGAGGCCUGUGAGGAUGACGAUUUGGAAGCAGAAGCAGACAGUCCCGAUAUGGAGCCCGGUACAGAGAUGGAUCAGGACGACAUCCCUUCAGAUGCAGAAGCUGAGGCUCGUUUGCAUCAGUCAGAGUGUCCUGACGUGUUUCCUGAAGAAGACAAGAAAUCAGAAAGUCUGAGAAUGGCCUCCAGCAUUGAACCAUCCAGCAUCAGCCCUAUGCAGAAAGAAGAUGUUGUUCUCUCCCCACUCAAACCAUCUCCAGAGCCUGAAUCAAAGAUAACUCUGGUGAAGCCUCCUGGCGCCCGCUUUUUCACAGAACCGUUCAUACCUGACGAAAGGAAGCCCGAGAGGACAACUCCAUCUCCUUCUCCGGCCGCCAAGAGCCCACUGAGCCCUUCACCUGCUCCAGUCCAGGAUCCUUCCUCUGUCCCUUCUCCUACUCUUGCUGCUGCUUCCCCCGUCAAUGUCCCUGCCUCAUCUCCCCUCGGUUCACUCACCAGAUCACCCAUCAGCUCUCCAGUCAAACCCGCCAUUGAGUCGCCUGUCAGAUCACCCAUCACAUCUCUUGUCAAGUCCCCUGUCGUUUCCCCCAUCUGUUCCCAGCCCACCCCCCUACCAGAGACAUGCACCCCUAAAACUCCUGUCUACCCUCACCGCUCUAUUUGCCCUCUCACGGGCAACCCCCUCUCCCCGAUUUGUGCUCAGCCGUUGCCCUGCCAGGAACCCUCGUCGCCCCUCACCUCUGACUCUCCCGUCAGAACUCAGCCUGUCCCCGGGGUCACCUCCACGCCCAUGACCAUAACGGACAGGGGCACGCCUGAGCCCUCAGAGUCCUUAGACUCCUCAACAGAUGAAACUCCAUCUAAAAAGACAGAUAUCAUUGAGGAGUUUUGGUUAAAGAGUGCUGAGAUCAGGAAGAGCCUCGGUCUGACCCCUUUGGACCGUAGUAGUAAAAUCUUAGAGAAGAGUGUUAUUAUGACUCCAGUGCAGGACUCCACCCCCAUCAAGAUGCAGUCUCCAGAUGUGCCGGAGGAGCAGAAGCCUGCCUUUACUGGCCGCGCCGUUAUUCGCAGACUCAACAUCACCCUGGAGGGUCAGGUCAUCACCCCCAUUGCUCCCGCCGAACCUAAGAGUAAUGGCUCUGAUAAGAGGGACUUCAGCAGCAGCUCCGGCUUGGGCUUGAACGGGAGCAUGGCCACGAGCCACACAGCAAACAGCGACAGCUACAACACGUCCGACUCCGCCAUGCUCACCCCGCCCUCCAGCCCGCCGCCACCCGUGCCUGCUAAUCAGUCUCCGGCCGUGUUCAGGCAGCAGAGACACCAGGUGUCCUGGAGCAACGGGACAGAAAAACCUCCACCUGAGCGCGCCAAAGAGCCGGCAAAAAUCAAGAGUCCCGUUCCUGCACCGAGGACCCAGCUGAGCCCCAUUUCUGCACCCAAACCCGCACCCAGGAAAGUCACCUCGCCUCAGGCAGAACCAGAAACAGCUCCGGUGGUCGUCAUGAGGGAGAAGAAGAAGCCGCGGCCGCAGGAGGUGAGGAAGUCGUUUGUGGAGACGGUGGAGGAGAUUCCGUUUGCUGAUGACGUGGAGGACACCUAUGACGAGCGGACACCAGAAACGAGCAUGAACAGGUACUAUACGCCACCCACCAGCAAGCCCAACCGGGACAGACCUCCCCUGCAUCUGGCUCUAGCAAUGGAAAACGGUAAACCCAAUAUCCCUGUAAACCAAGCCUUUAAGACCCAGAGGGCAACUCAAUUCUCCCCGGAGGCCAAGGAGCUCGCUGAGGAGAGAAUGAAGGCCAGAGAGAAGUCAAUCAAGAGCCAGGCUCUGAAAGACGCCAUGGCCAAGCAGCUGAACAAAAUGAAAGAAUCUGACAUAGGCAAGGGUGCCUCACCUAAAGUGGCCGGGAUCGCUAACCCAGACGUCGUCGGAAAAAGCAAAAAGUCAGCGGGAUCUCCGAAAACAUCAGCCGUGAAAGCCCUGGAGUCGAAGAAGGCAGAGACAAUACCCGAGCGUUUCUUCAGCAGCAACAAAAGCCUGGACAGCUCGGUGGCCUCGUCUGACGGUUCCUCCGCGAGCAAGAGCAAGAAACGAAGUUCCCUCUUCUCGCCGCGCAAGAACAAGAAGGAGAAAAAAGCCAAGAACGACAGCAGCAGGCUCUCCGGCACUGACGAGACGCCGCCCAAACACAAGUCGCUGUGGAAGGCCGUCUUCUCAGGGUACAAGAAGGACAAGAAGAAGAAGGACGACAAAUCCUGUCCGAGCACGCCAUCCUCGAGCUCCACCACUCAGGAGUCUGGGAAGAAGAAAACUUCAUCUCCUGGGAGAUCAUCAGACUUGAAAUCACGGAGAAACUUGAGCUUCUCCGAGGACUCAGACCUGUCCUGUGACGAUGUUCUGGAGAGGUCCUCCCAGAAGUCAAAGGCAGAUCAGCACAUGGACAUCUUUGACCUAGUAUCAGGCAUGCAGCAGGAAGCGAUUAAGGAGGAGAAACUGGAGAAGGAGAGAAGGAGGGAGUUAAAGGAAAGAAAGAGGGUGAAAGAGAGGCAUAAGAAAAGAGAGCGGGAAAAAGAGGUUGAUGGAGAAAAGGCGAAAGACGAUGAGUCUGUUUAUGUCCCUCACGCACUGGCGUUCAAGAGAUCGUACGCCACAAAGAAAACCUACACAGAGGAAGAGCUGAAUGCCAAGCUGACGCGGAGGGUCCAGAAAGCUGCACGACGACAAGCCAAGCAGGAGGAACUCAAGAGGCUGCACAGAGCCCAGAUCAUUCAGAGACAGUUGGAGCAGGUGGAGGAGAAGCAGAGGCAGCUGGAGGAGAGAGGCGUCGCUGUGGAGAAAGCUCUGAGAGGAGAAGCAGGAUUGUAUAAAGGUACUUAUACGUUACCCAAACAGCACAAAAGAAGAUCAGACUAUUGGGGAGAUUCUAAUUACAGUGAAAUCCUGGACUUGCAUCUGGGCGUUGAGCCCUUUGUGGGGAUGCCACGCCGAAGACCUCUCUCCUUCUGCCCCUGCUGUUCCCCUGAAGGUAACGUAACCCCGCCGCCUCCGCUGACGGUUGUGGCGGGUUACCAUGGCAACCGCAUGGGCAAGAAGGACGAUCCCAAGCUAAUGCAAGAGUGGUUCAAGCUGGUGCAGGAGAAAAAUGCCCUGGUCCGCUAUGAGUCAGAACUCAUGAUAUUUGCCAGAGAGUUGGAGCUGGAGGACCGGCAGAGCCGACUGCAGCAGGAACUAAGGGAGCGAAUGGCUGUGGAAGACCACCUGAAGACGGAGAAGGAGCUCAGUCAGGAGAAGCAGAUCUUGAACGAGAUGUUGGAGGUGGUGGAGCAGCGCGAUGCCCUGGUGGCCCUCUUGGAUGAGCAGAGGCUCCGGGAGAAGGAGGAGGACAAGGACCUGGAAUCCGUUAUGCUCUCCAAGGGCUUCAACCUCAACUGGGCCUAAAGGGAGUGAAAUAAUUUCUCAUCAAGUCCCGGGAAAAGAGUUGUGAUAGGUGGCCCCUGCCUCAACUUUUUUGAUCAGAAUAGUCUGCUGAACACCUGCAGCCGUGAAUGUGUAAAGAUUCCCCCAACACACACACAAACACUACGACUGCCUCAGACAUCGAAGCAACGUUUACAUAUCCCCUGCCCAAAGGCAGUCCCGGUUAAUCACUUUGCAGUUUUGCUUGCUCUUGCUCUCUGAGGGUGUAGAGGCGAGUACAUUUCUCAGCUUUAUCAUCCCAGCCUUGAAGUGGAUCCUCUCAAACAGGGGGGGGCCUUUGGGAGAAUGUUUAAAGACUUGUUUCAUUCUCGAUUAUCUAAAGGGAAGAAUGCAGUUUGGUCCUGCUGAUGUAAAGGAAUUGUAAAGAAUUGUGUUUUUUGUGUAUAGUUGUGUAGAACAAGUCACAUUUUUGGCGGAUGAGGGUCCUCUCCUUUUUUUUUCCCCGAAAAGGACUGCUACAGAGGUGCGUUCAAAUGCUGGAGUCUCAAUCUAAGAUUCUCCUUUUUAGUCUGACUAUAGGAUGGACAUCCUCUGCUGAAGCUGCCUUUCUAUCCAGUGACAAACUGACUUCUGCAUCCUUGAACUGUAAAGACAACAAAAGGCUCUUUUUUUCCCCCUCACAGAGUGUUUUAGUGAGUCAACACUAAGAAUCCAUUAAAUAUGGCCAUGCUUUUUUAUAUUUAUUAUGUUUGUUUGAUUUAACAGAUACACAUGUUUGUUUUGUUUUGCAUUCACAGGAGAGUGCCCAGACAGUCAUUAUCUUGCACUUGUGCAUGACUCAGAUGCACCCACAAGCCAUUGCAUGUCAGGAAUGAAGGCUGCAGGCACAUAGAAGAACCUUUACCUUGUCUUUGAUAGCUAGGACGAGUACAGACUUAUACUAUAUAUGAACACUUAAAGCGUUUCACAUUUCUCGAUAAUGACGGGCCUCUCCUUGACAUGCCGUUCACUGUAUAUCACACUGACAGUUAUCGUUUACAAAAUACUUCUCCAUAUUCGGGAUUGGAUGUUUAUGUUUAUGGUAAACGGUAGCGAGGUAAACCAACUGUUGAAGGGAUUCAUCUUUGAAGGAACUCUCUUUAAAUUCAGGUAUGUGUCCUACCGUGUGUGUGUUAACAUCGGGAUGUUAUAGAGAAGCCAAUUUCACUGUUGUUAAAUGAGAGAUCAGCGUAAGCUCACAUUACUCAUUUUUGUGCCACAGGUCUGUCUGUUGGUGGAUAUGCUGCAAUAUCUGAGGAGUACACCACAAGGACUUAUACACUACACACCACUCACAUCAGUACAUGGCAGUGUUAAUACUUUACCCUUGAACAAGAUGCCUUUUUUCAUUUUCAUUCUCUAUACUUAAGUUAUAUUUUUAUUUUUCUGAGUCGACUUGUUUUUGAGGUAGUCACAUACGUGCAUCCCACUGGAACUCUAGAUUUUUACUUUUUUUUUCUCAAAUACUUUUAUACAGCAGGUCCCCAAACAAACAAAUAGAUGAUUUUAAAUGGGGGAGGCGCUGACGAAAUGCAAAGUGCUUUAUGAGCAAUUUGCAUCAAACAGGAACGUUAAGGUUCAUCUGGCGGGCAGUCAAAUCUAAUAGCCUUUUUGACAACUGUAAAAAAUCCAGGUGGUCACUGUUUUACAGCACAGAAACACUAAAGGCUAUAUUUAUGACUUGGUUAUGAGCUGUGAAUAAAAACAAAAGUGAUAUCAUUUUAAGGGUUUGUUGUUUUAGAUGGCGUGUGAUAAGUUUGACAUGAUUGUAUUGAUAUUUAUUAACAUGUGUGCAAACUGUAUUAUAUGUAAAGAAAAUGAAUCCUAAUUUUUAAACUGUUCUGUCGACACAUGACUUGUAAUGUAAAUGCUUCAUGUAGCUAAAAUGCAUAGAGGUGUUGGAUGUAUGCUGAAAACGGCAAUAAAACAAUGCAGUUGUUCUUUUAAA